AAAGAUAAAAUUCAACGCAGCUAGAGAUUUUGUGACAACGUCAACACAAGACCAGAACACAACAAGCAGUCAAAGCAAACAGACAACGACACAAAGCAAUGGCUCUCAAUGUUCACCGUAACACUUUGUGGACACAUAAUACAAACAAUAUUGGACAUUUAGGACUUCACAGUGAAACCAGAAAUUUGACUAGUACCAGAAAUACUUGUGCCAAGAAACAUUUUGGUGUUCUGAUAACUGCUUUGAAUAAUAGUGAAAAACAGAAUUUCAGAAUCAUGAGUGGACACAGGCGUGAACUAGAACAAUCAUUGCUGGCUCUUUCUCAGAGAAUGCGAGAAAUCAACGAAAGCAGAUUUUCACCACCUGCUUCUCGGAAGACUUCUUUCCCACAAAAAGACUCUAGGUCUGUGUCGGAUGCAAGCACAUUUUCAUUUGGAUCAUCAAGAUCCAGUGUUUCGUCGUAUAAUUCUUUUUCGAAAUAUAUUGGUCGGAGACUUUCACCGGUAAAGGGGAAGAGGAAAUCGCGGAAUUCUAUUGAUACAGAGAAUAACAAACCAGAAAAUGGAGAGAAAAGGGAGCGGCGCUUUGCGACUAUUUCUCCGCCAGACAUCGGGGAACUUCAGAAAAUGUCUGAAAACUCAUCAGAACUUGCUGAAAAAUCUAAUUUCUCUUUAACAGACUUGCAAGAGAGAGUCACUUUACGCAAAAGUUGCGUUCGCAUCACUCCAUUUCCAGAUCUUCCACCUGAUAUUGAAAACACAGACAAGGAGGAAACAUCUUCAAUUUCAUUUGACGAAACUGGCAGUACCACUACCCCAAGACGCUCUACUCGAAAAAGGUCUAAAGCCAGAAAAAAGUCCAGCAAAGGGAGCAUUGAGGAAGCCCCAAUUCACGAGCAAGAAACAACCCGCAAUAACCCACAUGCAAGAAUGAUUGCUCUGCAAAAACUUCAGAUGGAAACGCAGAAGAGAGCUGCACUUGCUGAAAAACAAAGACAGGAAUUGAUCAAGAAAAACCGCAAAGAGGUGACCGAGAGUUUUCGUUAUUCCCACGCCAUAGAACAAUUCAUAAAAUCAAGACGACAAAAUUCUAAAAUCACCAUGUCUGAGGUCCCGGAUGAAGUUGAGUAUGAUGCUGAGGGACGGGAGAUUCGCCGGCUCGGGCCCUCUGUUUUGUCGGUCAUAAAUUUUGACGACAUAUAUAGAAUGACAGUUCGACGCAGACGUCACACAACAACAGGUCUUGGGGAGAAACGACCCAGUUUUUACAGAAUGAAAUCAAGAAAAUCGAUUGCUUCCGUUUAUCACCCUUUGCCGGACAUAAACAAGGAAUCCAAAACAAACUCAGUUGAAAACCCCUUGUCCACAAAAAAAUUUCAUCCAAAAGACAAUCUUCCACCACUUGCAGAGAAUCAAGUUGUGGUGACGUAAAUCUUAUAAAGUGUAGGGAAACAAAUUGUCAGUAUGAUAUUGCAUAUCUUGUUUAUAUUUUUUCAUAUAGUUGUUGUUACAUUCUUGAAAGCUUCUUCUUGCCGAGAUAAACUAAAGAUGAAAUGCAUGUACAUACAUGUAUAUUUCGCUUAUGUACUUGCCAUUUACAUCACUGUAUAAGUACAUGUAAUUAAUAUCGUUGAAAUGAAAUUUCAUAAGCAUUUAGGGUAUACUUGCCAAGGCUAUCAAAAAUUAAACUUAUUUAGCCCAAAAAGUGUUCAUUUAUUUUAUUGCUAAAAUUUCAUCGAGUUAUAUCUGUUCACACCGAAGCCGAAUGUGCGCUAUGUAUUGUAGUUAUUACCACUUUUCCUUUUGCAAUACUACAUAUGGUUCGGAAGUUAACAACAGCGCUGCAGUUUGUUCCCCAAAUUGCAUGAUUGCCAAAUUGGCAGUGACAUAGCUAUAAGACAAGGCCAUAUUUGUAGACUAUAAAGCUAAGAU